UGAGCUGUCAGCUUUGUUUUGGCAGCUGCUGGUCACAUGAUGUGCUGACGUCAGAGGUAGAGCAGCAACAUGGCGGAGCUGUUGAAGGUGAUAUUUGAACAUGAUGGGAUCUUCCUCCAUCCGAGCCCAGAUGAAGGAGGCCCGGAGCAAGAUCUGCUGGUUUCAGGAACCCUUCGAGUCCUGGAGAAGGAUGCAGAGAUUCUGGUAGAAUAUCGCCCUCUGGAGGACAGCGUGGACCCGUCCAACAUGCUGUGCGCUGGACAGGACUCCAGUUCAGUGGUGGAGUGGGCCCAGUGUCCCGGGGAGAAGUCCCAGUCCCGGCAGCAGCUGGAGACGCAGCAGAGCUACGAGACCGAGUGGGACAUGGUGAACGCCAUCUCCUUCAGGAAGAAGAACUGCACCAACGGAGAGGGCUCUCUGAAUCACAGCCAAGAGCGGAGCCGCUGGGCCUUCUCUGUGAACAUCAGUGACCUGAAGUCCAUAACGGUGAAGGAUGAAGGGUGGACCUUUCUCAUCCUAAAGCUGAAGGAUGCCUUCAGCUCUCUGCCGGCACUGCACUUCCACCAGGGCGGCAGCAAAGACUUCCUGGACUGCCUGAGGAGAUUUGCUCUGCUGACCGAGUGCCCUGAGGAUAAGACGUGUCUUAUGGUCAGCACUCCAAACCGAGCUCUGUCCCAAUCCUUUGAGAACCUGCUGGACGACAACAACUUUGGUCUCGUUCAUAAGUUUAAGCGCGACCCGUAUGUGGCGACACUGGGCAGCUUCUCCAAAGUCACCAACUACAUCUACGACGCCCUGCGGGGGGCAGAGGAGCAGCAGCAGCGCCCCCCGGAGGAGGUUGCAGACCUGCUGGGUGAAGUCAUUCCUGGUCUGGAGAUCAACCAGCAGGAGGAGCCGGGCUUCGAGGUCAUCACCAGGGUAAGCGGCUCAGAUCCUCACACGUACAAUCUGUUUAUCGCAUGA